AUGUUCCAAUCCACUAGUUCUAGUCUCCUUCCGCGCCGUGCCUGUUUACCCCGAUUCGCAUGCUCCAGGAGCCGGCCAUUGACCAUCGCCAGUCACCGAAACCAUGAAAAUCUGGCUAUUACAGCCAGGGUGACCAUUUCACCUCCUUCCCAGUCGAUCAACCGAGUAACACAACAAAAACCGAGGCACUCUGUCCAUAUUCACUCCACGGCUGUACGACCACAAGGGCUCAAUACGAAUACCAUCAAUCCCGCUACAAAUUAUGUCCCGCCCCAAAGGGGGUUGACCGCCUCUCUCCCCAAGUCCUGGAUCCCCUAUGCCGAGCUUGUACGGCUAGAUAAGCCCGUCGGCACAUAUUAUCUCUUCUUCCCUACUCUCUUCUCCACCCUCCUCGCCGCCCCCAUGGCUGGUGCUGCCCCGGUGCAAGUCCUUGGAACAAUAGGGCUUUUCUUCGCAGGCGCACUUAUAAUGCGCGGUGCUGGCUGUGCUAUCAAUGAUCUAUGGGACCGAAACCUAGAUCCUCAUGUCGAACGAACCAAGUUUCGACCCAUUGCCCGCGGAGCCAUCUCCCCUAAAAACGCUUUGAUAUUCACGGGCUCCCAGUUCUUCGCUGGGCUCGGAGUUCUCCUCUCAUUUCCAUCUCAAUGUUUGUGGUACGGAAUUCCCAGCGUGCCCAUUGUUCUUGCGUAUCCUCUAGCAAAGCGAAUCACAAAUUAUCCCCAGUUUGUACUGGGCCUAGCCUACUCAUGGGGAGCUUUUAUGGGUUUUCCUGCUCUAGGAGUGGACCUGCUGCAUAAUUAUGAUGCUAUGAUAUCAGCCGGAGCCUUAUAUACAAGUUGUAUUGCUUGGACUGUUUUAUAUGACAUGAUCUAUGCGCAUAUGGACAUUAAAGAUGAUGUGGCUGCAGGUAUUAAAUCAAUCGCUCUUCGCCACGAACACAACACCAAAGCUGUCUUGACAGGUCUGGCGGUGACUCAGGUGGCUCUUCUCGGAGCGGCAGGCGUCGCCGCGGGCUGCGGGCCAGUAUUCUUCAUCGGUAGCUGCGGAAGCGCAGCAGCCACUCUGGGCCUCAUGAUCUGGAAGGUGCAAUUAAAGAGCGUUUCGAGCUGCUGGUGGUGGUUUAGGAACGGUUGCUUGCUGACAGGCGGCGGUAUAUCGAUUGGGUUGCUUUCUUCCUGGAUUUUGGAAGACAGAAAUGUGCCGAGUGAGACCCGUACAUAG